AUAUUUAAAUUACUUUCUUGAAGGGUGUUACGGUGUUACCAUAAUGUUUUGUUGUGUGUCCUAUAUUUCUUAAAACCAAGCUUAUGACAGAAAUUUGUGAUGGUUAAGAAGGUCUAAGUCUCGGGAUCUGUUUGAAAUGUCGUCAGUUCGAAUCCUGAUUUUAUCAAAUUUCCUGUUUUUCAGCUCUUAAUUUUAUGGGUGUCUAUCGUUUCUGUUUUUUUAUAAAGAUUGGAGGAAAGUGGCUGUGGUAGGAGUCAAACCUAUGACCCUUCCUUGCAAAUGCAAGCAACUAAACAACAUAUCUAUCAUGAUUUUAUGAUAACUUCCUAUAGCUUUCACCCUUCUUGUCAAAUGGUGCCACCACAUGAAAUUUUUUGGUCCGCCUCUCGGGUGGAUACCAUUAGACUAGCAGUUUUUUUAUGCAACCAUGGGUGUGAAUGAAUAUGCAAUUCUGAAUGUAGGAGCUUCUAGAAAGUAAUUUUACUUAUUCGGUUGUUGUACAAAUGCAUGGAUCCAACUUUUUUGCACCAUUAUUAGGAUGUGGAAGGGAUGAUGUCAAUUUCUGUUGAAGCUGCUGCAGCACAUGAUUCUUUAAGUGAUGAUAAGGAGCUCAUCAACACGUAUGAGAGAUUAACUGCCCUUGAUGGAAAGAGGAGGUUUGCAUUAGCUGCUGCAGCAUCUCAUAAAGAGGAGGUUGGUAGACUAAGAGAAUAUUUUGAAGAAGUAGAUCGGACUUGGGAGACAUUUGAGCAGACCCUAUGGUCACAUAUUUCUAAUUUUUUUGAACUUGCUAAAGAAAGCCCACAAACACUUGUACGUGCUUUGAGGGUUGUUGAAAUGCAAGAGAUCUUCGAUGAGCAAGUUGCCGAAGAAGCAGCUGAGGCUGAAGGAGGUGGUGCAAUGGCAUCGGUAGCAAAUCCUCGUAGAGCUGGCAAAAAAUCUACUACUGCAGUAGCAUCUUCCAAGAACCUUGCAGUGCAAAAAUCAAAACAGGGGAAAUGCUACAAGGAUAAAUGUUACGAGCAUAUCACGAAAGCUGUUGAAACAAGAUUCAGCAAACUUUUGUCAGAACUUGUCUUUGAAAACCUGAAAGGUGCUAUAGAGGAGGCAAAAAAGAUUGGGGAAGAGCUUGGAGAUAUAUAUGAUUAUGUGGCUCCUUGUUUUCCUCCAAGGUAUGAAAUAUUCCAGCUCAUGGUGAAUCUGUACACGGAGAGGUUUAUUCAGUGGCUAAGGCUGCUGAGUGACCGUGCUAAUGAUAUUACAAACAUUGAAAUCUUAAAGGUAACUGGCUGGGUGGUUGAGUACCAAGAUAACCUGAUUGCACUUGGUGUUGACGAGGCAUUAGCUCAAGUUUGUUCAGAGAGCGGUGCAAUGGAUCCCCUGAUGGAUUCAUAUGUUGAGAGAAUGCAAGCAACAACAAAGAAAUGGUAUAUGAAUAUCCUUGAGGCUGAUAAAGUACAGCCGCCAAAAUCAACAGACGAAGGAAAGCUUUAUACACCAGCUGCUGUUGACUUAUUCAGAAUCCUUGGGGAACAAGUGCAAAUUGUUCGAGAAAAUAGCACUGAUGUUAUGUUAUACAGAAUUUCUUUGUCCAUCAUUCAGGUAAUGAUUGAUUUUCAAGCAGCUGAAAGAAAGAGACUUGAAGAACCUGCUUCCGAAAUUGGUUUAGAACCAAUAUGUGCGAUGAUCAACAACAAUUUGCGCUGCUAUGAUCUUGCUAUGGAGCUAGCUUCUAGCACUAUUGAAGCCCUUACAGAGAAUUAUGCUGAGCAGGUUAAUUUUGAAGACACCUGCAAAGGCUUUCUGGAGGUUGCAAAGGAAGCUGUACAUCAAACCGUCAAUGUCAUAUUUGACGAUCCAGGAGUGCAGGAACUACUGGUCAAGCUGUAUCAUAAAGAAUGGAGUGAAGGACAGGUUACUGAAUACCUAGUCGCAACAUUUGGUGAUUACUUUACAGAUGUGAAGAUGUAUAUCGAAGAAAGAUCAUUUAGGCGAUUUGUUGAGUCUUGUCUGGAACAAACAGUCAUUGUUUAUGUCGACCAUCUUCUGUCUCAGAAAAAUUACAUCAAGGAGGAAACUAUUGAACGAAUGAGGCUUGAUGAAGAGGUUCUUAUGGAUUUCUUCAGGGAAUACAUAAGUGUUAAUAAAGUCGAAAACAGACUCAGGAUACUUAUUGACUUGAGAGAGCUUGCCUCAGCUGAGAGCCCAGAUACUUUCACUCUUGUUUACACAAAUAUCCUUGAACAUCAACCUGAUUGCCCGCCUGAUGUUGUUGAGAAAAUUGUUGGACUGCGAGAAGGAAUACCACGGAAAGAUGCCAAGGAGGUCGUUCAAGAAUGUAAGGAAAUUUACGAGAACUCCUUGAUUGAUGGAAAUCCCCCGAGGGCAGGUUUCGUGUUCUCCAAAUUGAAGUCGUUGACGACAUCAAAAAUCACCAAUAUUUUUCGAAAACUUCAUUAAGUCAGUAGUAGUCAGCUUGGUGUAUGUAUUUAUACUAUUAUUGUGAUUUUGGACAGAUUUUCUUUCCCUUCAAAACUUUUACAGCUGUCUGCUAUGUUAUUAUUUCAAGAUUAGAUUUCAUAUGGACAUAGAAUCCAGAAUUUUGGUAAGUAAAUAUUUGUGAUUAUGACUUA